AAAAUCUUUAGAAUAUAUAUAUAUAUAUAUAUGUAUGUAUGUAAACACAUGCCCCCUUGUGUUUCUGGGUUUGUGCUGAAUCUUCGAUAUGUAUUACUGUUACCUGUGCUCCCUCUGAUCCUCAAGAUUCUCUCUAACAAAUGAUUAUCUGAUGCAAAUUCAAGUAUGCUGCUGAAGUUCAUGGAUUUAGGGUUUCCAGCACAUGCUCACAGUUGUGAUUGACAGAGACACCACCGGGAAUGCCAAAAAGAUGUGCCUUCUUUGUUGCAGUGUUGUGGCUGAGAUUCAUAAGGUGAUACUUUUGCUAUUGAUGCCCCACUUACUUAAUGAGAGUGGACCACAAGUCUAUACCUCAUUCAUUAGCUAUUCCUUGAUGCAUAAUAGGCACACAAGUUUUUUAAGAGUGCCUGUUCUGCCAACACACGAUCCCUACAAAGACGGUUGAAACGCCUUUCUGCUAUAUGUAUAUAGUUUUAUAGUUACUUAUAUGCACUUUAUAAUAGUAAAUGAUAUAGAAUUUAAGUGGGUUGUGAAAAAUUUUAUACUAUUUUGAGGUCUCAUAUGGAGAGUAAGCCAAAUGUGUUAAUGCAAAGAUACGAGUUAGGAAGAUUACUUGGCCAGGGAACCUUUGGAAAGGUUUACUAUGCUAGGAGUGCAAUAACUAACCAGAGUGUGGCUAUUAAAGUGAUUGACAAAGAUAAGAUUACAAAAACAGGGCAAAGUGAACAAAUCAGGCGCGAAAUAUCUGUUAUGAGGCUGGCCAGACACCCCAAUAUAAUACAUCUUUUUGAGGUUAUGGCGAACAAGAGUAAGAUUUACUUUGUUAUGGAAUAUGCUAAAGGUGGUGAGCUCUUCAACAAGGUGUCCAAAGGAAAACUCAAGGAAGAUGUUGCACACAAGUAUUUUAAGCAGCUAAUCAAUGCUGUGGAUUAUUGUCACAGUAGAGGCGUGUACCACCGAGACAUAAAGCCUGAAAACAUUCUGUUGGAUGAAAAUGGGAAUCUGAAGGUCUCCGAUUUCGGUUUAAGUGCACUCGUCGAAUCCAAGAGACAGGAUGGUAUGCUUCAUACACCUUGUGGCACACCUGCUUAUGUUGCUCCUGAAGUCAUCAAAAGGAAGGGAUAUGAUGGUACCAAAGCUGAUAUUUGGUCUUGUGGAAUAGUUCUUUUUGUCUUGUUGGCUGGUUAUCUCCCUUUCCAUGACCCAAAUUUGAUAGAGAUGUAUCGGAAGAUAAGCAAAGCUGAAUUAAAAUGCCCUAAUUGGUUCCCACCAGAAGUAUGCAAUUUAUUGAGCAUGAUGUUGGAUCCAAAUCCUGACACUAGGAUUCCCAUAUCUAAUAUUAGGGAAUGUGGUUGGUUUAAGAAAGGACCAAAUGUGAAAAACAAAAGACCUGUAGCGGAAAACAACACUGUCUCUUCUUCAGGUACAGUUCUUCCUGAUCAAAAUGAUUGUGAUGGUCUAGCAGCAGAAGCAAAUGGAGAGUCAGUUGCGCCCUUAAGAAUAAACGCCUUUGAUAUUAUCUCCCGAUCCGUGGGUUUUGAUCUUUCUAGGUUCUUUGAUGACAGUUUUCAGAAAAAGGAAGCAAGAUUUAGUUCAAGGUUACCUGCCAAUGUCAUCAUCUCCAAGCUGGAAGACAUUGCUAAGCAACUGAGGAUGAAAAUAAAGAAAAAAGCUGCUGGUUUGUUGAAAUUAGAAAGCACCGACGAAGGUAGAAAGGGGGUUUUAUCCAUUGAUGCAGAGAUCUUUGAGGUUACUCCUUGUUUCCACAUGGUGGAGGUGAAAAAAUCAGAUGGAGAUACAUUGGAAUAUCAGAAAAUAUUGAAAGAGGAUAUUAGGCCUGCUCUUCAGGAUAUUGUUUGGGUCUGGCAAAGUGACCAACAAUUACAAUCACAACAGUCAGAGCAACAGCUACAGACAGAUGACCAGCAGCAGCAACAACCACAGUCAUAACCUGUUCUCGAUUUUGAGAUGUCAUGCUUAUUGCAUUUCGAUGAAAUCCCAGUUUUUUUUUUCCUAAAUUUUGUUUCUUGCAUUUCAUGAUGCUAUGACCUCAAUGUAGCAUUUUUUCCCCCUCAUUUUUAGUUGUUUUCACCUUGUUGUAGCAUAUCUUUUCUCAAAAUUUUGUUUGCAAAGUUGAAGUACACCAUUUUUCAAUUUUUC